UAGCAGUGUAUGACGUCAUGCAUUUGGCGUUUGCGGCAAGAUUUGUAGGUUAAGGUUGUGGCAUUGUUUACAAAACAACGCGUCGGAAAACGCAUUUUUCUUUGGAAAAACAGCCAAUAAUCCCCAAAACUCUCCAAUGGCAGACGAUGAGCAGACGAUUCCAGUGAAGGAGCCGCUGGAUCUCAUUCGCCUGAGUCUGGAUGAGAAGAUCUACGUGAAGAUGCGCAACGAGCGAGAGCUUCGUGGGCGACUGCACGCCUUCGAUCAGCACUUGAAUAUGGUCCUCGGGGAUGCUGAGGAAACCGUGACCGUGUGCGAAGUGGACGAGGAGACUUACGAGGAAGUGUACAAGACCACCAAGAGAACCAUUCCCAUGCUGUUUGUGCGCGGAGAUGGCGUGAUUCUUGUUUCGCCACCCAUGAGAGUCGGGGGAUGAAGUCCCAAAUAAAGUAAUUGUCGGGGGAAAUUGCGUUUCUACGGGUUGCCUGCGUUUGAUCAAUA